CCAGGUGCCGAGUGGAUACUGGAGGAUGAACAAUGCAACGCUGUCCUUUCUGCCGCGGGGAUGCAGUCCUCACCGCCUUCGUCCAGCUGCGCUCCUCGUGGCUCGUGCGCCUGUAACGUGCCCUCGAUGUCUCACACCGUUCCACGCUCUAUGCCAUUCCUUUUUAAGAUCUCCAUCUUCCCCCCCUCCUCUUUUCUCUCUGGUCUCACUUCUCCUGAAUUCCUCGCGGUGAAUCGAUAAAAAAGUAACUUUCACAUCCCCAAUCCCGACGCCACAAUGGCGUCCCCGGAAGUUAGAAAGGCUAUCUCGGAAGCCGCUUUGAAGUAUGUGAAGCCGGAGGGGAAGGUGUUUGAAUAUGGUACUGCAGGAUUUCGCAUGAAAGCUGAUCUGCUUAACACUGUUGUAUUUGCAGUGGGAUUGCUCGCAGGCCUCCGCUCGAAGAAGCUUAAUGGACAAUGGAUCGGUGUCAUGGUCACCGCGAGUCACAACCCCGCGGAGGACAAUGGCGUCAAGUUGAUCGACCCUAUGGGGGAAAUGUUGGAAGCGGAGUGGGAAAAAUAUGCAACUAAGCUGGCCAACUGGCCGCUUGAAAACAUUGGCGAUGCCUACGAUGAACUCAUAAAGGAGAUCGACGUCAACAUGGAUAAUCCUGCGCGUGUCGUCUUCGCUCGCGAUACCCGUGCCUCUGGAUCUCGGCUCGUUGGGGUCUUGAAUGCUGCACUCACUGCUACUCAGGUCGAGUUCUCUGAUCUGAAGUACUUGACGACACCUCAACUCCACUACAUUGUGAGAUGUAAGAACACUUUGGGGACGCAGUACGAGUAUGGAGAACCCACGGAGCAGGGCUACUACGAGAAACUUGCCGAAGCUUUCAAGAGGGUUACGAAGGGUGUCAAAAUCCAGGGGUCUCUCACAGUCGACUGCGCAAAUGGUGUCGGUGGACCUAAGCUCAAAGAACUAGUCAAGUACCUGCCAAGCGCAGCAGAAGGCGGCAUUGACAUCAAGAUCGUUAAUGACAAUGUUAUCAACCCGGACAGCCUGAACUUUGAGUGCGGUGCCGACUACGUAAAGACGAAGCAGCGUGCUCCGCCAUCGUCCAAAGCCGGUGUGCUCGAUCGUUGUGCAUCUCUGGAUGGCGAUGCUGAUCGCUUGGUUUAUUACUUUAUCGAUGAGAGCAACACUUUCAGACUUCUUGAUGGAGACCGUAUCGCUACCCUGGCGGCCUCCUUCAUAGGUGACCUGGCACGUAGUGCCGGCAUUGCUCAGAAGCUUAAGAUCGGUGUCAUCCAGACAGCUUAUGCAAAUGGCUCCAGCACAGACUACAUUGAGAAGGUGCUCAAAGUUGCAACCGUCUGCACGAACACUGGCGUAAAGCACCUUCACCAUGCUGCUCUGAGGUUCGAUGUGGGCGUCUACUUCGAAGCCAACGGACACGGAACGAUCACAUUUUCCGAGAAUGCACUGAAGGUCAUUAAGAACAGCGAGCCACAGUCCCCCGCGCAGCAGCACGCGCUUGAUUGUCUCAAUGGCCUUACCGAUCUGAUUAACCAAGCCGUCGGUGAUGCUUUGUCGGAUAUGCUUCUUGUGGAGGUCAUCCUUGCUCAUAAGAACUGGGGCCCCAAGGAAUGGUUGGCAACCUACACCGAUCUUCCCUCUCGCCUGGUUCGUGUUGAGGUGGCCGAUCGGUCUAUCUUCAAGGCAUAUGAUGCUGAGCGUAAACUCGAAUCUCCUCCUGGACUCCAGGCCAAGAUCGACUCCCUCCAGUCCCGCUACAAUAAGGGCAGAAGUUUCGCCCGAGCAAGUGGAACCGAAGAUGCUGUUCGCGUCUAUGCCGAAGCAGCCAGCCGCUCUGAAGCAGACGAUCUCGCAACACGCGUGGCAAAUGCUGUUCGUGAGGCUGGUGCUGUGAAGGAAAUCGUACAGUCUUAAAUGAAUCAGCACUUACCAACCUUCCAUUUUCACAUUUGUGUCUUCCCAUUCCUCCAAUUUUCUGAUGCGGGUAGGAAUAUACUAGAGGAAUGGUUACCUAUCUUGUGGGCUAAUAAUGGUGGAAGGAACGUGCAGACUGUAGCAGAUAGUGCGGGUCCCUUUGGUACCCGUCACCCGCAAUCGCGGCUAUCUUUUUUUGGGAAAAAGUGAAGAUACCAGAAUUUUUGACACGUCUUAUUUGAUGCGCAGAUAAAUAUAUAAUAGAGAUCAAUUUAAACAGUUCUAUGAUCAACUUGAGA